CACCCCCCGCCUGCAACCCCCGCUUCACCGUGGAUGAGGUGCCCACCCCACAGCCUGCCACUGUCCAGGCCCAGCUUCUGGGCGCACCCCUGCUGUUGGCCGGGCUUGUGGGCAUGGACGAUGAUGAGGAGGAGGAGGAGGGGGUCCAGGAGGAGGAGGUGACAGUUGCGUCAUUGAGCGCUGCCUGGCCAGGCACCAAGAGACCAGGGCCACCCUCGCAUCAGGGCGCCCUGCCCCUGCUGCCUGUUCCCCGCUGGCGCCGGCGCCGGGCAUCCUCCCACCUGCUGCCCGCUGAUGUGGUGUACGACCACGCCCUCUGGGGCCUACACGGUUACUACCGGCGCCUCAGCCAGCAGCGGCCCUCAGGCCAACACCCCGUCCCUGGGAGCCGAAGAGCCUCGGGUUCCACAGCUGGUCCCGGGAUGCCUGCCCGCAUGCGCCCACUGUCCCGCAGGCGCCAGGUAGCCCUGCGCCGCAAGUCAGCCGGACCCCAGACCUGGAGUGCCCUGCUUGUGAAAGCCAUCACAAAGUCGGGCCUCCAGCACCUGGCACCGCCUCCUCCUGCUCCUGGGGCCCUGUGCAGUGAGCCUGAGCGGCAGAUCCGGAGCACUGUGGACUGGAGCGAGUCGGCGACGUAUGGGGAGCAUAUAUGGUUUGAGACCAACGUGUCGGGGGACUUCUGCUAUGUUGGAGAGCAAUACUGUGUUGCUAAGAUGCUGCAGAAAUCAGUGUCCCGGAGAAAGUGUGCCGCCUGCAAGAUUGUGGUGCACACCCCCUGCAUUGAACAGCUGGAGAAGAUAAAUUUCCGCUGUAAGCCAUCCUUCCGUGAAUCAGGCUCCAGGAAUAUCCGUGAGCCAACCUUUGUGCGGCACCACUGGGUACACAGGCGACGCCAGGAUGGCAAGUGUCGGCACUGUGGGAAGGGCUUCCAGCAGAAGUUCACCUUCCACAGCAAGGAGAUUGUGGCCAUCAGCUGCUCCUGGUGCAAGCAAGCAUACCACAGCAAGGUGUCCUGCUUCAUGCUGCAGCAGAUUGAGGAGCCAUGCUCCCUGGGGGUCCAUGCUGCCGUGGUCAUCCCACCCACCUGGAUCCUCCGAGCCCGCAGGCCCCAGAAUACCCUCAAAGCAAGCAAGAAGAAAAAGAGGGCAUCCUUCAAGAGGAAAUCUAGCAAGAAAGGGCCUGAGGAGGGCCGCUGGAGACCCUUCAUCAUCAGGCCCACCCCAUCCCCCCUUAUGAAGCCCCUGCUGGUGUUUGUGAACCCCAAGAGUGGGGGCAACCAGGGCGCCAAGAUCAUCCAGUCCUUCCUCUGGUAUCUCAAUCCCCGGCAAGUCUUUGACCUGAGCCAGGGAGGACCCAAGGAGGCGCUGGAGAUGUACCGCCGAGUGCACAACCUGCGGAUCCUGGCAUGCGGAGGGGAUGGCACGGUCGGCUGGAUCCUCUCCACCCUUGACCAGCUGCGCCUAAAACCACCACCACCUGUCGCCAUCCUGCCUCUGGGCACUGGCAACGACUUGGCCCGCACCCUCAACUGGGGCGGGGGCUACACAGAUGAGCCUGUGUCCAAGAUCCUGUCUCAUGUGGAGGAGGGCAACGUGGUACAGCUGGACCGCUGGGACCUCCGUGCUGAGCCCAACCCUGAGGCGGGGCCUGAGGAGCGAGAUGAGGGCGCCACCGACCGGCUGCCUCUGGAUGUCUUCAACAACUACUUCAGCCUGGGCUUUGAUGCCCACGUCACCCUGGAGUUUCACGAGUCUCGAGAGGCCAACCCAGAGAAAUUCAACAGCCGCUUUCGGAACAAGAUGUUCUAUGCCGGGACAGCCUUCUCUGACUUCCUAAUGGGCAGCUCCAAGGACUUGGCCAAGCACAUCCGCGUGGUGUGUGAUGGGACAGACCUGACCCCCAAAAUUCAGGACCUGAAACCCCAGUGCAUUGUUUUCCUGAACAUCCCCAGGUACUGUGCAGGCACCAUGCCCUGGGGCCACCCUGGGGAGCACCAUGACUUUGAGCCCCAACGGCACGAUGAUGGCUACCUCGAGGUCAUUGGCUUUACCAUGACGUCCCUGGCAGCACUGCAGGUGGGCGGGCACGGUGAGCGGCUGACACAGUGCCGAGAGGUGCUGCUCACCACAUCCAAGGCCAUCCCAGUCCAGGUGGAUGGUGAACCCUGCAAGCUCGCAGCCUCACGCAUUCGUAUUGCCCUACGCAACCAGGCCACUAUGGUGCAGAAGGCAAAGCGGCGGAGUGCCACCCCCCUGCACAGCGACCAGCAGCCGGUGCCGGAGCAGCUGCAGAUCCAGGUGAGCAGGGUCAGCAUGCACGACUACGAGGCCCUGCACUACGACAAGGAGCAGCUCAAAGAGGCCUCUGUGCCACUGGGCACUGUGGUGGUCCCAGGAGAUAGUGACCUGGAGCUGUGCCGCGCCCACAUCGAGAGACUCCGGCAGGAGCCCGAAGGUGCUGGAGCCAAGUCCCUGACGUGCCAGAAACUGUCCCCCAAGUGGUGCUUCCUGGAUGCUACCACUGCCAGCCGCUUCUAUAGAAUCGACCGGGCCCAGGAACACCUCAACUAUGUGACUGAGAUUGCACAGGACGAGAUUUAUAUCCUGGACCCUGAGCUGCUGGGGGCAUCUGCCCGGCCUGACCUCCCAACCCCUACUUCCCCUCUCCCCACCUCGCCCUGCUCGCCCACGCCCCGGUCACUGCCAGGGGAUGCUGCGCCCCCUAAAGGUGAAGAGCUGAUUGAGGCCGCCAGGAGGAACGAUUUCUGUAAGCUCCAGGAGCUGCACCGAGCUGGGGGUGACCUCAUGCACCGUGACGAGCGGGACCGCACACUCUUGCACCACGCGGUCAGCACUGGCAGCAAGGAAGUGGUCCGCUACCUGCUGGACCACGCCCCCACAGAGAUCCUUGAUGCUGUGGAGGAAAAGACCCUGAGUUUCCUGCCCUUUCUGAUGGCCCUCGGGAGACAAGAGGGCCCAGAAAACUGGAUGGAGUCCACAGCCAGCCCCUGUUCCCCCAGUGGGGAGACUUGUCUGCACCAGGCGGCAGCCCUGGGCCAGCGCACCAUCUGCCACUACAUUGUGGAGGCCGGGGCCUCGCUCAUGAAGACAGACCAGCAGGGCGACACUCCCCGGCAGCGGGCUGAGAAGGCUCAGGACACCGAACUGGCUGCGUAUCUGGAGAACCGGCAGCACUACCAGAUGAUCCAGAGGGAGGACCAGGAAACGGCUGUGUAGCUGUGAGGCCAACACCGGAGCAGCAGGAAGGAUGAGCCGGCCAGAGGAUGAGGCCAGAGGAUGAGUCCCUCCUCGCGCACCUCACUGCCACAUUCCAGUCGGACAGCCACAGGGACGGGCAGAGGGGCCCCAGGCCCCAGGAAAGGAGCCCUAUGCUGCCCCCUGAGAAGCUGCCCAGACCUAGGGCUGGACUCUGAGGAGCUGGGGAGUCUCACCUGUCCCCCUGAGGCCCCAGCCGAACCCAGAGGCCCACAGGGGAACAGGAAACUGGACUGGGCUGGGCAGGCCUUUGCAGGGCUGGGGCUUGGCCACUUCAGAGCGGCCCUGAUCUUCACUGCAGCGGGUGUCCUGGAGCUUAGGAGCUGCAGCCAGGAGGACAGAGGGCUUGAGGACCUAUCAGGGAGCCUUCAGGAAGAGGCUUCCUAAGCCUCCUGGUCCUUCAGGACCCCCACUCUGAGGCUCCUGGGAGCUUGGGCCCCCUCUCCUGCCCUGACCCCACCCUCCCCAGGGCUUCCUCCUGGAAACAUGGAGCCUGCUGCGUUUGCCUGCCCGCUGCCCUGCUUAGCACCUACCACGUGACCUCCUCCUGUACCCAAGUCAUUUCACCUCGACUGUGUGGCCUGGGGGUUGGGAUGGGGCUCUCACAGAGACAUGUUUACAGCUGGGUGUGACUCAGUAAAGUGAUUUUUUUUCCUU